UUGACUUUUUAUAGAAAAAUAGUAGAGAUAGAGAUAGAGAUAGAGAUAUAUAAACAGAGCACAUAUGCGAGUCCUCUUCGUCUUAUGCUCUGCUCAGAACAUCGAAUUAGACUAUGGGAAACACCGUGCAAAAGAAUCAGAGAAACCAAGAGAGACAUCCGGAAGAAGAGGAAUCAAAAGAAGACGACACAUCAACCUUCACUUGCGAGAUAUGUAUCGAACCCAUGUUAUCAUCGUCAACCAAGAAAUUCAAGAACAACAAGAAGUGUGUUCAUCCAUUCUGCACAGAUUGCAUGAUGAAGUACAUCCAAGUGAAGGUGGAGGAGGACAGCGUCGCCAACGUCCCAUGUCCGGCACUGAAUUGCGAGCAGCUCUUAGAUCCUCUCUCCUGCAGGGCGGUCGUGCCAGCAAAACUGUUCGACAAGUGGUGCGAUGUGCUGUGCGAGUCGGCCGUUCUAGAGUUGGAAAGAUGUUACUGCCCGAAUCCGAAUUGCUCGGCUCUGGUUGUGAACGAAUGUGGAGGGAAUGUUAAGAAAUCAGUGUGUCACAAUUGCAAGAGGCCGUUCUGUUUCCACUGCAAGCUUCCAUGGCACUCCGGCUAUCCAUGCGAAGAGAGUGGAGAGAUUAGAAAUAGGAAUGAUGUUGAGUUCGGAAUACUUGUAGAGAGGAGAAAUUGGAUGAGAUGUCCCCGCUGCCUCCAUUGCAUUGAACGUGUUAUAGGUUGCAGAAGUGUUACAUGCAGAUGUGGGGCCAAUUUUUGCUACGUCUGUGGAAGCGAGAUUAAAAAUCUUCGGUGCAACUGCAAUCGCAAGUGCUGUGCAUGCUGUCUCAUGUUUUUUUUUAUUGUAUUGUUUAUACUAAUCACUGUUAUACUUAUCAUGAUUUUUAAAAAAUUGAACUAAGUAAAGUUUUAUUGAGAGAAUCAAAUUAUUUAUAUUUUAUAGGAACUAUAUUACCUUUUUUUUUUUUUUUUUCUUCUUCUUCUUUUGUUACAUCAUCAUAUAUGGAGUAAAUUUAAUUUGCUUACCUCCUAAACUAGGAACUAGGG